AACAAAGAGUCACAACGCAUCUUGCAGCACCCUCACUCUUCUCCUUACUUUUACCACAACCUUUUAUCCCCUCAAUUGCUAUUAGCUAUGAAUGAGCAAACCAUGGAGAACGGAACAAAAACCAACGGAGACUCCAAUGGAGACACAUUCAGCAGACCAAGAACACCCUGUCUAAAGACUUUCUCACUAACAGAAUACUCCACGAAUCCCUCACCGCCGAGCGAAAGCCCUAAGAAAAAAGUCCAUGGCAUUAUACCUGACGAAUUCAUGCUUCCCAAUGGCUAUCCCGACUACCUACGUCUCAUUCUCACCUCCCGCGUCUACGAAGUCGUCGAAGAAACACCCCUCACACACGCUACAAACCUCAGUAACAGACUAGAAUGCAAAGUCCUCCUCAAGCGCGAAGACCUACAACCCGUAUUCAGCUUCAAGCUGCGUGGAGCAUACAAUAAAAUGGCACAUCUGGACCCGAAAGUCAGCUGGAAGGGCGUCGUUGCUUGUUCGGCUGGGAACCAUGCCCAGGGCGUUGCGUACUCUGCCAGGAAACUUAAGAUCCCGGCGACGAUUGUGAUGCCGAAGGGGACACCGAGUAUCAAGCAUUUGAAUGUUUCGAGAUUGGGAGGCAGUGUGGUGUUGCAUGGGGAUGAUUUUGAUGCGGCGAAAGAGGAGUGUGGGAGGUUGGAGAAGUUGCAUGGGUUGACGAAUAUUCCGCCGUUUGAUGAUCCGUAUGUUAUUGCGGGACAGGGAACGAUUGGCAUGGAGUUGCUGAGGCAAACGAAUAUUUCGAAGCUGGAGGCUAUCUUUUGUUGUGUUGGGGGAGGUGGAUUGAUUGCGGGCAUUGGAGUUUAUGUGAAGCGUAUUGCUCCGCAUGUGAAGAUCAUCGGUGUGGAGGCGUACGAUGCUAAUGCGAUGGUUCAGUCGUUGGCAAAGGGAGAGAGAGUUGUGCUGAAGGAUGUCGGCUUGUUCGCGGACGGAGCAGCAGUCAAGACGGUUGGAGAGGAGACUUUCAGAGUAUGCAUGGAUGUGGUGGACGAAGUUAUUCAAGUCACUACGGACGAGACUUGUGCGGCUAUCAAAGACGUCUUUGAAGAUACCCGAUCCAUUGUCGAGCCAGCUGGUGCUCUAGCUCUCGCAGGUCUGAAGAAAUACGUCGCAGCCAACCCUUCGGCAGAUACAUCACGAGCUCUUGUAGCUAUUGCAUCAGGAGCAAACAUGAAUUUCGACCGUCUACGCUUUGUUGCUGAACGAGCAACACUAGGAGAGAAGAAAGAAGCUCUCAUCAGCGUCACUAUCCCCGAAACACCAGGAGCAUUUGCCGAGCUUAUCAAAGCCAUCAUGCCUCACUCAGUCACAGAGUUCUCAUACCGCUAUGCUACGGACGCAGUAGCCAACGUACUCGUCGGUAUCUCACUCACCUCACCAGCGUCACAACGAGAAGCCGAACUCGAAUCCCUUUUGUCCCGUGUCAAGGCCGGCGGAAUGACACCAACCGAUCUCUCUGGCGACGAGUUGGCGAAAUCCCAUAUUAGAUACUUAGUCGGCGGUCGAUCAGGCGUCAAGCAUGAGAGGAUAUACAUGUUCAACUUUCCCGAGCGACCUGGUGCCUUGGAGAAAUUCCUUCAAACGCUAAGACCGAGAUACAACAUCAGUCUUUUCCAGUACCGAAAUGCGGGAAGCGAUAUUGGCAAGGUUCUCACUGGAGUCGUUUGUCCGGAUGGGGAGUUGAAGGAGCUUGAGAGCUUCCUGAAUAAGAUUGGAUAUCCGUGGGAAGAUUGCACUGAUAGUGCGGUCUUCAAGACUUUCUUACGAGAAUAGGGUGUGGGAUUGUAGAUAAGGGAGGUGGUGUGCAUAUGGGUUUCUACUUUCGAUAAUUAGCGGGAGUUUGGGGCAUUCUCAAAAGGGCAUUUGGCGAGAUGUCGAUGCUGGAUAGACAAAAUAUUCGAUGAUCAGGAAAGAAAUAGAUAGAUAUCCAAUCAAUGCGAGAUUUCUCUUUUA